AUGGCUUCUACGACCCCGUACCGCAUCGGGGUGGACGUCGGCGGCACCAACACCGACUCCGUGAUCCUCGACACCCGCGCCACGGCCUCGUCCUCGCGUGGUGUCGUCGCCUGGCAUAAAACCCCCACCACCAGCCCCAAUGUCACCGACGGCAUCGAGAUCGCCGUCCGCGCCGUGCUGGACCAGUCCUGCGUCGACCGCCACGAGAUCGCCUGCUUGACCAUCGGCACCACCCACUUCAUCAACGCCAUCGUCGAGCAUGACGCCCGCCGCCUGUCCAAGGUCGCCAUCAUCCGCCUCUCCCGCUCCUUCACGCGGGAGGUCCCGCCCUUCUCCGACUUCCCCUCCGCUCUCAAGGCCAUUAUGAAUGGCUACUACUGCUAUGUCGACGGUGGCCUCCACAUUGAUGGCUCCCAGGAAGCCCCUGUCAACGAAGCCCAGGUCGUCAAGGAAUGCGCCGUCAUCCGAGAGAAAGGCCUCGACGCUGUUGUCAUAUCUGGUGUCUUCUCCCCCAUCGACGACCACUUCCGCCAGGAAGACUUCGUGCGACAGAUUGUCCGCCGCGAGCUCCCGAACGUCGACAUCGUCUGCUCGUCUGAGGUGUCCCAGAUCGGCUUCCUCGAACGAGAAAACGCUUCGAUAUUAAAUGCCUCCAUUCUGAAGUUUGCCAGAAGAACCAUCCGCGGCUUCAAAGAUGCCAUGAAGCGCUUAAAUCUCACCUGCGCCUUAUACCUCACCCAGAAUGACGGUACUCUCAUCGAUGCUCCCUCCGCCGCCCGCCUUCCCAUCCGUACCUUCUCGUCCGGUCCUACCAAUUCCAUGCGGGGCGCUGCAUAUCUUGGGUUGAGUGGUGCAUCUGAAGAACAAGGAGAGAAGACAGCGACUAUCGUCGUCGAUAUUGGUGGCACAACUAGCGAUGUUGGCGUCCUGCUCCCGUCUGGCUUCCCGCGUCAAGCGUCGGCAUAUGUCACCGUUGCAGGCGUGCAGAUCAACUUCAGCAUGCCGCACCUCGAAUCCAUUGGCCUUGGUGGUGGCUCUAUUGUUCGCACCGAUGAUGGCAAAGUGACUGUCGGCCCUGACUCCGUUGGCCACUAUCUCAGCACCAAAGCUAAGGUCUUUGGCGGAGACGUUCUUACUGCAACUGAUAUUGCAGUGGCUGCCGGCGAGAAAAUCGGAAACCCAGACCUCGUGAAGGAUAUCGAUGAUACCACUAUCGCCAAAGCCAAGGCGCGCAUGAAGACCAUGCUGGAAGGCGUUGUUGACCUAAUGAAAACCUCACCUGCCCCAUUGCCUGUACUUCUCGUUGGUGGCGGCUCUGUCAUCGCCCCUACAGAGCUAGACGGUGUUUCAAAGGUCAUCUGCCCGCCAUAUCACUCCGUUGCAAACGCUGUAGGAGCAGCAAUGUCCAAGGUCGGAGGUACCGUCGAUAUGAUCCAGAGCACUGAAGAGAGAACCAUCACGGAGGUAGUGGAGCAUGCAAAAGAAAUGGCUAUAGAGCGAGCCGUGGUAUCUGGCGCGCUCCGCGAAACUGUAUACCUCGCAGAGGUCGAUGCUAUCCCCUUACAGUACGUUGCUCAUCAAGUGCGUGUCAUUGCCCGUGCUGUUGGUGAGCUCUCUCCAGCUGGUGUUCCCAUGACGAAUGGCGCACACCCCGAGGAUGAGAGUACGGAGGAUGCUAUCUAUCAAGAGGAGUCGAAGAGGGACGCCCACGAUGAUGAAACUGACCCUGCAGCUGUUGAUGCCGCAUCGUACAGACCUACAGUAAUCAAAAACCCCAACACAGGUGUGCAGGAAUGGAUACUCUCAGAGGUGGACCUUAAGUGGCUCGCAGAUGGCUGUUAUGUUCUGGGAUGUGCGGGCGGCGGCUCACCGUUUGGCGAAUAUAUCCGCCUGAGAGAUCAGAUAAGAGAGGGCCAUAAAAUACGGGUAAUAGAUGCAUCGUCGUUGAAAAAAGAUGCUGUGAUUUACUGGGGCGGCCAUAUGGGAUCUCCAGCUGUCUCUGUGGAGCGUCUAGCUAGUGAUGAGACUGAGCAAGCAUUCUUGGACCUGAUGGAAUACCUUCACCAUGAUUCAUUUGACGCUGUAAUGGGCCUGGAGAUUGGGGGUGCCAAUGGGCUGGUUCCAUUAGCCCUGGCAUCUUCCAAGAACCACGGCUGCCCGAUGGUUGACGCAGAUUGGAUGGGACGUGCAUAUCCAACCUACUGGCAAACUACUCUAUGUGUCUAUGAAGAAAGCCAACUUGUCCCAUGCGUUAUUGCCUCUGGUGACGGUAGAACCAUAAUGAUGACGAAAACUACGGAUGACGAGAUAGUCGACAGGGCUCUGCGAGCCUCUUGCUCUGAAAUGGGAUCAAGAGUCGGCAUGGCCGCGAAACCCACCACGGCAGACCGGGUACAAAACUACGGUGUGCUGAAUACAGUCUCCCUCGCCUGGCGUAUCGGUCGGUGCAUUGCUCGCGCGCAUGCCAGCAACACCGUCAACACUGUUGCGGAGCAAAUGAUCGAGGAGGUUGGCUCCAGCGCAGCAAGGGUGCUGUUCCGUGGUAAAAUCAUUGCCGUUGAACGUCGCCUCUUCAAGGGGCAUUCAUACGGUGAAAUAACGAUUCAACAGACACAGCAGUCAGAAGAGGAACAAUCGAGCAGCAAUAAUGCCGAUGCCGUGGCCGUUGGCGGCGUCCUCAAAAUUCCCUUCAAGAACGAAAACAUUUAUGCUAAACACAUUUCGGAAUCAGGUGAAGAGAAGUACAUCGCCAUGGUGCCGGAUCUGAUCUCUGUUCUGGACACCCAAUCCGGCAAGGCUCUUGGUGUGCCUGAAUUCAGGUACGGUGUGAUGGUCACAGUGUUGGGCAUUACGUGCUCUCCUCGCUGGACGGACACGCCGCGUGGCCUGGAGCUCGGUGGACCCGUGGCGUUUGGCUAUAAGAAGAUCGAAUAUAAGCCCCUGGGGACAUAUGUUGAGCCGAGGAGCGUAGUAAUGGAAUUUGCAGACCAGAGCGUCUGA